AUGUAUGGCUUCAUUGAUUAUCGAAAACAAAAGAAACAUUCUCCACAUAAACCGUUGGAAAAAGAAGAUGGUGAUUAUUUCUCCAUAACAAGUUUUGAUGGAGGAGUAGUGUAUGAUGACAUCUUGAAAGCAACAAAUGAUUUUGAUGAAGCAUACUCUAUUGGGACUGGAGGAUAUGGGACUGUGUACAAAGCCGUGCUACAACCUAACAAUGUGGUAGCUGUCAAGAAACUUCAUUCAUCAUCUGAGAAUGUCGAUCAUAAUGGAUUCCUUAACGAGAUACGAGCAUUAACCAACAUAAGGCAUCGAAACAUUAUGAAACUUUAUGGAUAUUGCUCACAUGCCCGCCACUCAUUUUUGAUUUAUGAAUACCUUGAAAAGGGAAGCCUUGGAUCAAUCUUAAGAAGUGAUGUUUUAGUACAAGAACUGGAUUGGUCGAAAAGGGCACAUAUUUCUGAUUUUGGUGCUUCCAAGCUUCUAAAGCUAGACUCAUCCAAUUGGACUGCAAUUGCAGGAACCUAUGGUUAUAUUGCGCCAGAGCUUGCUUAUACGAUGGUCGUGACCGAGAAAUGCGAUGUGUAUAGCUUUGGGAUCGUUGCACUAGAAGUGAUGAUGGGAAAGCAUCCUGGUGAACUGCCAACAUUGUCUGCUGAUUAUCUAGUGUUAUCAAGUGUUGGAGAUCGUCGUAUUCCACUUCCUUCAGAACAAGUUGAAAAAAAAGAGAAUUUGGUAUUGAAUCUCUCAAGAGCAUGUUUGAACUCGAAUCCACAAGAAAGGCCAGCAAUGCGCCAAGUUUCAAAUCUGUUGAUGAAGGCUUGA